AUGGUGACGCUGGAGAGACAGAUGGUGCCAGGAACAGACUGGAACAGGGGCACUAGGGGUAGCAUCCCGAAAUGCAGUCUUCGAGAGGGGACACCCAACAAACAGCUACAGAGUCCACAAACGAAAGACACCCCCAGAGAGACCCCACAUGAUGCCUUCCGAAAUCUUGAGGAGGAUGAGGACCCCCUUUUAGAGCUCUUACAGACUCAAAGCAGCUCUGAAGCAAGCCAGGCGACCGGUCCAGAUAGACCACAGCAAGACACUGCCACUAGAACUAGGAAACCAAGGAGUAAGUGGCCCAAGGCUUCAGACAAGACAUCAUGGACCCAACUGGACGAGGACCUAGAUAACAUCCUCGAAGCAAGGAGAGGUUUGGACUAUAAGAGGAGAGUGCGAAAGGAACCUCCAAGACCAAACAGGCGGCAAGUCCGCAUCCAGAACUUGAGACGUGAACUCAAGCAGCUGAGACGAAGGUACUGUGCUAGUUCACCCAUAGAGAGGAUUGGACUUACACAGCUCAGAGAUACAGUUCGGUCACAGCUGACAUCAUUACGGAAAGCCGAAAACAACAGAAGAAAGACACGGGAACGGGCAAAGAAGAGGGCAGCCUUCACAGCCAACCCAUACAAGUUCGGCAGAUCUCUUCUCGACAAAAAAAGAUCGGGAAAGUUGGAAACUCCACUAGAGGAAGUAGAGAACUACCUUCAUGUGACCCAUUCUGACCCCAAUCGAGAGGACGUGCUAGGAGACUGCGACCGAAUAGAUACAGCGAAGCAACCCGAAAAACAGCUGAAUGCGACGGAACCAACGCUAGGCGAGGGGAAGGAAGCUGUGAAAAAGGCCAGAGCUGCCUCAGCGCCAGGACCCAAUGCCAUCCCGUACAAAGUGUACAAGAUGUGCCCACUACUUCUCAAGCGUCUGAUGAGGCUUCUCAAAGUAGUCUGGAGGAAGGGGGAUGUACCAGAGGCUUGGAAAGAGGCAGAGGGGAUAUUUACACCAAAGGAACGCAAUUCCAAGACGGUCAACCAGUUCCGAACGAUCUCGUUGCUCAACGUCGAGGGGAAAAUAUUCUUCGCCAUCCUUGCAAGAAGACUUAAAUCUUUCCUGACAGGCAAAGCAUACAUUAACACUUCGUCCCAGAAGGGAGGAGUGCCCGGUUUCUCCGGCUGUAUAGAGCACACCAGUGCUAUCACACACCUAAUAAGUGAGGCAAAGAAAGGGAGGAAAGAUCUCACUGUAGUUUGGCUCGACUUUGCCAACGCAAACGGGUCCAUUCCACACCAGCUCAUGUAUACAGCGCUCCGACACUACCAUGUGGACGGCCACAUACAGAUAAUCAUCACCAGUUACUAG